CCCCCGGGGCUUCCGGCGCGCUCCUGGGCGCCAGAAUGGACCGCAACCCGUCGCCCCCGCCGCCCAGCUGCGACCCGGAGGGCGAGGAGGACUUGGCCGGGGGAGACUGCAUUGGGAGUACGGUCUACAGCAAGCACUGGCUCUUCGGCGUCCUCAGCGGGCUCAUCCAGAUUGUCACACCUGAAAGUGACAAGCCCAGCUCGGACGAUGAUGCUGAUGAGCAACAGACGGAGCUUGCUGAAGAAAUGGAGAAUGAAAUCUGCAGAGUCUGGGAUAUGUCCAUGGAUGAGGAUGUGGCUUUAUUUCUCCAAGAAUUUAAGGCUCCAGACAUAUUCAUGGGAGUGCUGGCCAAAUCGAGGUGUCCCCGAUUAAGAGAAAUCUGUGUGGGGAUUUUAGGGAAUAUGGCCUGCUUCCAGGAGAUAUGCACGUCCAUCAGCAGCUGCAAGGACCAUGGACAGGUGCUUCUGCAGUGUUUGUGCGACUCGGACCCACCCACUCUGCUAGAAACCAGCAGGUUGUUGCUUACUUGCCUUUCCCAGACAAAAGUGGCCAGUGUCUGGGUUGAAAGGAUCCGGGAGCAUCCAUCUAUUUACAGUAGUGUUUGCUUCAUCAUGUCAAGUUCAACAAACGUUGACUUGCUGGUGAAGGUGGGGGAGGUCGUGGACAAGCUCUUUGACAUGGACGAAAAACUCAUGCUGGAGUGGAUUAGAAAUGGGACUGCCCGACUUCCAGACCAACCCCAAGAGGACUCUGAAGAGCAGCCAGUGUUUUCGAUUGUACCCUGUGUGCUGGAAGCUGCCAAGCAAGUACGGUCUGAAAACCCGGACGGGCUGGACGUUUACAUGCACAUCUUGCAGCUCCUCACCACAGUGGAUGACGGAGUUCAGGCAAUUGUGCAGUGUCCCGCUACUGGAAAAGACGCGUGGGACUUACUCUUUGACCUGGUGUGCCAUGAAUUCUGCCAAGCUGGUGACCCUCCCAUCAUACUGCAGGAGCAGAAGACAGUGCUGGCCUCUGUCUUCUCGGUGCUGUCUGCCAUCAGUGCUUCAUGGGCCGGACUGGAACCCCUGAAGAGAGAAGAAGUGGAUCUUGCUCUAAUUGACAGCCUAAUUCGGGUGUUACAAAAUAUGGAACAUUGUCAGAAGAAACCAGAGAACUCCACAGAAGAGCCUACAAACUAUGACUCAACCCAAGAUGAUGACUUCCAUAUGAAGAUCCUGAAGGAUAUUUCAUGUGAAUACCUUUCUAAUAUUUUUCAGGCAUUAACCAAGGAAACUGUGGCUCAGGGACUGAAGGAGGGCCAGUUAAGUAAAAAGAAAUGUUCCUGUGCAUUUCAGAGCCUCCUGCCCCUCUACAGCCCUAUGGUGGAAGCCUUCAUGAAAGUCCUGCAUGAGGUUGAUAAGACUCUGGCUGAGGACCUAGAAGAAAGCUUCCCCAGUGUGAAGGCUCAGCUUAAGACUCGCGUUUGAGUUUCUCCUGUCCAA